GUUUUUUAUUUAUUAAGAAGGAGGGGGAAAAAAGAAAAAACCGAGAGGCCUUAGUAAUAAAAAAAUAACAAGGAGAGAGAAAACCCAUCCCUGGCACAAAGCUGGACAUAAAUCAAUGGACUGAAUGAAGACUGCCUAUAACGCCUAUCGAUGCCUGGCCAAGGAUUUGGAUGCGUACGCCAUGAACCCAGAGAUGACAAUGGACAUUGGCAGCCUACAUGCUGGAGUAAGCCAUGAGCAGGACUUGAUGAGCAGCCACAGCCCCCAUCACAGCCGCAACCCGGGGGCUGCUCUGCGGAUACACCAGGACCUGAGCGUGGCUCCGUCGCGCUCCGCGAUGGUCUCCAGCAUGGCUUCGAUACUGGACGGCGGCGGCGGAGGCGGUGGAGAGUACCGUCCGGAGCUUUCCCUACCGCUCCAUCACGCCAUGAGCAUGCCCUGCGACACCUCCCCGCCCGGGAUGAGCGGCACCUACACCACGCUCACCCCGCUGCAGCCGCUGCCGCCGAUCUCCACCGUCUCCGACAAAUUCCACCAUCCGCACCACCACCAUCACCACCACCACCAGCGGCUCUCUGGGAACGUGAGCGGCAGUUUCACUCUCAUGCGGGACGAGAGGACUCUACCGGCCAUGAACAACCUCUACAGCCCCUACCACAAAGAUAUGAGCGGCAUGGGGCAGAGUUUGUCUCCUCUGGGCAACGGUUUGGGCUCCAUACACAGCGCGCAGCCGACGCUGCACAAUUACGGCCACGACAAGAUGCUGAGCUCCAACUUCGACGCGCACACUGCCAUGCUGAGCAGGGGGGACCAGCACCUCUCCAGAGGCCUCGGUGGCCCCGCGACGGGCAUGAUGCCGCAUCUCAACGGGAUGCACGCGCACCCGGGCCACCCUCCAUCCCACGGGCCCGUGUUGGCUUCCAACCGGGACAGACCGCUCUCCUCCUCCUCCUCCUCCUGCGGCGCUCCGGGCUCCGGCUCCGGGCAGCUGGAAGAGAUCAACACCAAGGAAGUAGCGCAGCGGAUCACGGCCGAGCUGAAGCGCUACAGCAUCCCGCAGGCCAUCUUCGCGCAGCGGGUGCUGUGCCGCUCGCAGGGCACCCUGUCCGACCUGCUGCGGAACCCCAAACCCUGGAGUAAACUCAAGUCGGGCCGCGAGACGUUUCGGCGCAUGUGGAAGUGGUUACAGGAGCCCGAGUUUCAGAGGAUGUCGGCCCUUCGGCUUGCAGCGUGCAAAAGAAAAGAGCAGGACCCGAGCAAAGACAGGAGCAAUACACCAAAGAAGUCGCGUCUGGUUUUCACGGACCUGCAGCGGCGAACUCUUCUGGCCAUCUUUAAGGAGAACAAGCGUCCAUCUAAAGAGAUGCAGAUGACCAUCUCUCAGCAGCUGGGACUGGAGCUGAGCACGGUCAGCAACUUCUUCAUGAACGCCCGCAGACGCAGCCUGGAUAAAUGGCUGGACGAGGGCAGUCCCAACAACAGCUCCUCCAGCACUUGCACCAAAGCGUGAUCCACACACUGUAAAAAAUACCUGCCAAUCA